UACCAUCACUGUACAAUACGGCCAUCACUAGCACAGUGCACACCGUCCUCCGCUUCCACUGCCGUCAUGCACGACGUUUACGGAGAUGCAGCUCCUCCCGCCCACCGCCACUCAAUAGUGUCAUUCGUUUACCAACAGCUUGAACGUCACGAGGUCGAGGGAGCCGCACUGCAGAGGUGUGCCAGUGCUCCUGGGCUCUUGGUCAAGACAGCUCAUAGCUAUGAGUUGAACAAGGGUGAUGCGCUGAAGAUGGAGAUGAGGCAUGUGAUGAAGUUGGAAAUCGAAUUGGAGAAGGAGUUGAAGAUGGAUGAGUGUGAAAGAGUACAGGAGGUGAAUGGCGAGGGCACGAUCGCUACUGCACAUACUAUAGGACGCCGUCGGUCAAUUCUCCACCAACAAGCCCGCCGAGCGUUUCGUCGUCGUCACCGUCGUAUCACUCGUCUAGAAACUGCAGCGGAUUCCCAGCCGCCGCUGCUGUCUGCGGACCCGGCGAUCACUGCUCGCCUCAAGAAGCGUCCCAGUCUGUUCCUGAGGAUCUUGAACCGGGCCAUGAAGGAGCAGCGAUCUCAAGAGCUAGUCACUCGAGUUCCCUGGUGGCGUUUUACACGUAUACGGGCUUCACGUGAGCUCGCAGGAUAUCAUCCAUCUCUGGUAUCAGAGCUUCUACGGUACUAUGGUACCGACACCGUGAAGAAGCAGCUUCUCCCUACCAUGGAUUCCAGGGAAGAUAAGCAUAAGACAUUUAUCCACCACCCAAUCAACCCCCUGAUCCUAUCCUCACGACAUCUCAAGACGGAGCGUGAACGGAGUGUUCGGGGCAAGCUGCCGGCACAGAGCAAACGAUCCUUCUUGUCGCUGCGGAGAUCCCGGCUGGAAAGCGCUAGUCAGAUCAGGCUCAUGAACAGGCACGGUGAGAACUGGAAGCUGCUGGAGUUUGCGCAGGCAGGAGGAAAGAACGGACCCCCCAUGGGGUUGGGAGGGUUGCGCUUGGCCGAUUUCCUGCCGCCGACAACGCAGAGACGUAUCACAUCCAAGUACACAUCCAUAGAAAUCCCUCCACGGAUCAGCUCUCUACCCGGGCCGUACAACCAGCACAGGCCUACCACUAUGCGCCGCACAUCGGUUUCCACAAUCGGCUGGACCGAGAGCAUAGUGGAGUUCGAAGGGGACCUCGGUUCUGUGCACGUCUCGGGGGAGAGGAAGUUAUUGGAUGUCGAUCAGGAUCUUCAGCAUCAGCUUCUGCUCCCUCCUCCUCCUCCGCUGACAUCUGCUGGGAUCAGGCGGAGCAGCAGCUGGAGUCUCGAGGCCGCCAGUGCGCUAAAUGAGAUCAUCACCACACAUACGGUUGAUUCCCACCAGGGAACGGCGUCGGCUGCGGUACUGGCGGACGAUCUUUCUCCGUCCCCCGCUCGCAUCGCAGCCAAGAAUGUGGUCGUGAGUGGCCACUGGGAAGCGGCAUUGCAGAUGAUGCAGGAGUUCGAAACGGAUGCUCAAUCUCAGUCGAAGAUCAGCACCAGCUCCUCGAAGAGACGGCGGGGCACGAGUUCACGAGCAAGGACGUGGAGCAAGAGCAGCACGAGAUACGGCGCGGGGAGUACGUACGAUUGCGUCAACAGAUACCCCGAAGGCCAUGUCGAUCAGGAAUUGCGCGAUGUUUGUAAGAUGGCAGUGAUGAGUAGGAGGACGAGGAGGGCAGCUAGUGCUGGAGAUAUCACUUCCUUGCGUCAUCCGUUAACUGCCGGGGCUUUGUUUAAUUGAUUUACAUACUGGACCGACCUGGUCCGUUUGUUUGUGUGAGACUGGGGCUGAGGCCGUGUAUGAGGGUAUUCUUCUUUUUUCUGGUUUGUACUUGUGGGAUUGUUCUACAUUCCAGUUUUUUUUUCGUGUAUUCCUAUGUACCAGUACUAUGGACGGCGGGGAUGUUGGGUGAUGGACGUCGAGACGGGCGGGUUGGCUGAUAGUGGCGACGGUCGUGAAUGGAGUUGUUCAAGGG